AUGAGUACUGGUAACCAAACUAUUUCUAAUUUCACCAAUCACAACAGUUUUUCUAGCUCAUGGCUAGAAUUUAUCAGGAAUUUGUUUUUGAGUUCUCCUCAGGACCUCCCUGAAAUCAUUCUAAUACUGUCUUUGAUCGCUACCAUUGGAGCAUUUUUGAACCUGUACGUGAAAGACUUUCCAAUUCCUCUCCCUGUGAUAUUAUUUUUACUUGGAUGCUGUUUUGAAAUACUAAGUUUUGUAUCUUUUGAGGUGCAAAGAUAUGCACAGGCCAUACAGUGGAUGGAUCCAGACUUAUUUUUUGGUAUGUUUACACCUGUAAUUAUCUUUAAUGUUGCAUUUGACAUGGAUGUAUACAUGCUUCAAAAGUUAUUGGGUCACAUACUUUUAAUUACAAUUCCUGGCUUUUUGGUUAAUUAUACCUUAAUUAUUUGGUAUCUGGCAUCUGUGAAUAAAUUGCUUUUGAAGUCCACCUCAUGGUUAUUAUUUUCAGCUAUCCUUGUGAGUUCAGAUCCCAUGUUGACUGCAGCUUCUAUAAGAGACCUUGGUCUUUCUAGAGACCUCGUCAAUUUAAUUAAUGGAGAAAGUCUGAUGACCUCUGCUAUGUCGUUAAUCACAUUUAGUAGUGUUAAGAAUGUUAACUUAAGACACCAAACGAUGAACCAUACUAUAGCUCGUGGUGUUGUGCAUGGUAUUUGGUCAUAUUUUAUAGCAAGUUUCUUGUUUGGAAUUCUAAGUUCAAAGCUGAUCCAAUUGUGGAUGUCAACUGUUUUUGGCGAUGAUGUCAAUCAUAUAAGUCUCAUCUUCUCAAUUCUGUACCUCAUCUUUUAUACUUGUGAGUUAGUUGGAAUGUCUGGAAUAUUUACUGUGGCUGUUAUGGGACUUUUUUUACAUUCUACAAGUUUUAAACCAGGAGUUGAAGCACUUCUUCUUGAAUUCUGGAAUUGUCUAUCAUUUGUUGCUUUCCUUAUGGUGUUUACUUUCACUGGACUUCUAAUUCCUGCACAUACGUACUUAUACGUAACAUUUUCUGAUAUAUGUUAUUCACUAAAUAUCUACUUCACACUGAUUGUUGUUAGGCUUCUGGUUCUUCUUUUAAUGAGCCCUGUCUUGUCUCGAGUUGGUCAUCAGUUCAGCUGGCGCUGGGCAUUCGUCAUGGUCUGGAGUGAAAUGAAAGGGACACCUAAUAUAAACAUGGCCCUUCUGCUUGCUUACUCUGACUUUUCUCUUGGAACUGAAAGGGAAAAAUCUCAAAUAUUGUUUCAUGGAGUAUUAGUAUGCUUAAUUACCCUGACUGUCAAUAGAUUUAUUUUACCAAUGGCAGUUACUAAACUAGGUCUUCGUGAUGUCACAUCAACAAAAUAUAAAUCAGUUUAUUAUACAUUUCAACACUUUCAAGAGCUAACCAAAUCUACAGCUUCCGCACUCAAAUUUGACAAAGAUCUUGCUAAUGCUGACUGGAGCAUGGUUGAGAAAGCAAUUAUACUCCAAAACCCAUAUGCUUUGAACCAAGAAGAAACAACAGAACAUCAGAAAGUACGAUGUCCAGACUGUAACAAGGAAAUAGAUGAGACCCUUAACAUUGAAGCAAUGGAGUUGUCCAACAGACGUCUCAUGUCAGCACAAAUAGCGAGCUACCAGAGACAAUACAGGAAUGAGAUUCUGACCCAGAGUGCAGUCCAGGUAUUGGUAGGUGCAGCAGGAAGUGUUGCUGAGAAGACAGGAGAGCAUAUGAGUCCUGAGACAGUAAAGAAUUAUUCCGAAAGCAAAAAAUUGCUAACCUUUAUUAGAAAACUACUGCUCAAUUGGAUAUAUAAUACUAAAAAAAAUAAAGGGAUCCCAUCAAAACAUGUCUUUCUUCGUGUAUUUCAUAAAAUAGUAUUUACUGAUGAAUUUGAAUGUGUUGGAUACCUUGUGAUACUGAUGAAUACCUUUCCUAUUCUAAUCUCUUGGAUACCCCAAUUAAAUGACAUCUAUGGUCAGGAAGUAAUAUAUUCUAACUAUGUUUUUCUCACACUUUAUAUUCUAGAGGCCCUAUUUAAGAUAGCAGCAAUGAGGAAGGAUUAUUUUUCACAUACAUGGAACCUAUUUGAGUUAGCAAUUACGUUAAUUGGCAUUGUAGAUGUAAUACUUACUGAGACAAACUCCACUGAUUAUAGUUUUGAUUUUAUUGAAACAGUGGUCAUUAUGAAAAUUGUCCGACUUCUUCGUAUACUACGCAUUUUGAAGCUCAUAACACCAAAGUUGCUGCAAAUAAUCGAUCAAAAACUGAGUCAUCAGCUGUCCUUUACGUAUGCUAUCCUGAAAGGGUAUGUACAAGGUGAAGCAGACAUAAUGACUAUAAUUGAUCAGAUUGCGAGUACUGAACAAGUUAAACAGGUGUUAUUAAAGCGGGUAGUAAGGAAUAUGGAACAUGCUAUGAAAGAGCUAGGUUACUUAGAGUAUGAUCACCCAGAUAUCGCUGUCACUAUGAAAACGAAGGAGGAGAUCAAUGUCAUGCUCAAUAUGGCUAGAGAAAUUGUAAAGGAUUUCAGGUUAAAAGGGAUUAUUCAUAAAAUUGAAGCUGCUGAAAUUAAUAAGUUAAUAAUGGCCAAAAAAAGAGAGGUGCUUGAUUUUCCAACUAUUAUCAGUCCACUUACUGUUGAAGAAACCCUCUGUCAUAUUCCAUGGCUAGAUAAAGAUGUAGACCAUAUAAGCUUCAUUGAGAGAGGAGCCAGAGUUGUAACAUUUGAUUGUGGAAAUAAUAUAUUUGAAGAAGGUGAUGAGGCUAAAGGAAUCUAUGUAAUUAUUUCAGGCAUGGUAAAGCUUAAAAGAUCAAAGCCAGGUUUGGAGAUUGAACAAAUACUCUCAGAGUCAGAGGCGAAAGAACAUCAGAUAAUUUAUACAGAUUACAUGCUCAGCGGGGAAAUAAUAGGAGAGUUAAACUGCUUAACUAAUGAACCCAUGAAAUACUCUGCCACCUGCGAAACUGUAGUGGAGACAUAUUUUAUUCCCAAAAAUCACUUGUAUAAAGCUUUUGAGCAAUGCUGUCCUCUCAUUGAAUAUAAAAUGUGGCUAAAAAUUGGACUUUCUAUUACUGCCCAAAAAAUCAGGGAACGUUUGUCUUAUGAGGAUUGGAACUACAAGAUGCAAUUAAAGCUCUCUAACCUUUAUGUAAAAGAUAUACCAAAGAACACCAAAACUAAUAUCUAUGAUGAAACUGUAAUCUAUGUUAUCCUUAUACAUGGAGCUGUAGAAGAUUGUCAGUUACGAAAAGUUUAUAAGGCACCUUUCUUAAUUCCUAUAACAUGCCAUCAGAUACAAGGAACUGAAGAUUUCACAAAAGUAAUGAUUAUUCAAACUUUGAUUAAUGAGAAAAAAUUCAGAUGGAAUACUAGAAAGUAUGUACCUACACAUAAAGAUUCUCUUGCUCCAGGAUCGACAGAAUCACUUGAUGAGCUCAAUGAGAAUACUGACAUGUAUGAGGACCCCUAG